GCGGCUUUCCUCCUACUCCCUCUCACGACUAUUUUCGCUGCUCAAAAGCGUUCACGCCCACCAUGUCACGAAUGUUUUGUAUCCCUGGAAUUAUUUUCCUUUUCUGUGCUUUUGUUCUCAGUAUUCUCGUGUCUAUUUCUCUUCCCUUCUUACCCGCGUUGGAUAUCGCCCGCGCUCAUAUGAAUGGGAAUGCGCUAAUAAAUGGAGAUACAGUAAAUGAAAUCCGAUUUGGAGUCUGGGCUGAAUGCACGUACAAGGAUGAUGGCUCGCGUAUCUGUGGAGAUGCUGGUCAUGGCUACUCUACCUCCAUUUCUGACACCAACAAGGACGCAAACGUGAUAAUUAGCGGCUCUUGGACUCGUGGACUAGCUGUGCACCCCGUUGCCACGGCAGUAACCUUUAUUGCGUUACUUUUCUCUUUCUCGAGCCAUGUCACCGUAACGCUCAUCGCAUCCAUUUUAUCCUUCCUUGCCGCCCUUCUCACAUUGAUCGCGUUCGCAAUCGACAUCGCACUCUACGCGUUUCUUCACCACGAGAUUGGCAAGAUAUCUUCAAUUCAAGGCAGUACAGAUACUGCACCAGGGUUUUGGUUGACAUUCGUCUCGUUGAUCCUCCUUCUCCUCGCUGGUUGCACCGUGUGCUUCGGACGCCGAAGGGACCGUAUGUCUGGUGCAUCUUCGUACCCAUCCUAUCCAAUGUCCUCUACAACUACAAAGACACCUUUCUGGAAACGAUUCCGCAGGAAUUGAUUUUUUUCGAUGCAAGUCGGAUUGGUUGAUAGAUGAUAGACGGUCAUGUUCGACAUUUCAUGUCCAAGUGCCGGUCCCUAGUCGAGGUUACUUAUCAUGUAUAUCGUUUCUCGAUUUACUGUAAUAAAUCUUCCGUUCGCCUUUCGGAGUUGUGGUCCACAUUCGGUCUUCCCGUUUUUUAAUCCUUCGUUCCCGGUACACAUUAACACUACCCAUUACCUAUUACCUUUUUUUACUUCGAUAGCCCUUGAUGUUUCAGUUGAUACCCCCGAGCUUAAUCAGUCUUCAAGUUGUUGGACCUUUUAUUCUUGCAGUGAUAUAGGGCAUUGGUGUGGGAAAAUUUCCCAAAGAUUUACCUCCCACAGAUAGACGACGAAUGACAAAAUUUUAUUUUGGCCCUUGGG